CGAUGUACAACUUGACAAUAUUGGUAAGGGGGAGAUAAAUCGGGAAUCCACCCGGCCUCUGAAUCUGAAACGUAAUAUUCGCAUCCCUGGUUCUCUGUAUGAUUAAUUCAUCAUGUGGUUCAUGUACCUAUUGAGCUGGAUCGCAUUAGUUAUACAAAUAUGUGUAAUAACUUUAUCCGUGGCGGCUGGAUUGUUUUAUCUGGCAGAAAUUGUAGAAGAAUACACCGUACUCACAGCAAAGAUAAUAAAAUAUAUGUUGAUAGGCACGACUGUGAUAUUUCUUGGCCUGCUCCUGUUCGAGGAUCUACCCCUGUACAUGAUUGUGUUAGGUUUAGUGGGUAACAUCGCCUACUUCUUUGUUCUGCAAACUUUCCCGUACUUUGAACUCAUGUCUCCAUCAUUUCUGUUCUCCAUAGCCUUGGUGGUCGUCAAUCAUUAUUUCGCAUUUUCAUACUUCUCCACAGUGUGGCAUCCAUUCUCAGAUGUACUGGCAUACUUUACUAUUUGCCUGUGGCUUGUACCGUUUGCCUUCUUUAUCUCUCUCUCAGCCAAUGAGAAUGUGUUACCAAUGACAACAGGAACGCGAGUGAGUACGUCAGAAGAGAGCGACGUUGUCAGUAAUUACUUCAAGAGGAAGGGGAAGAAAUACGGACUUCUGUCAUUCUUUAAAUACGCACAGGAGGGAAUUCUACCACAACGGACUAGGAAACAAUAUUAAACGUGACAAGUCCAUGACAGAAUGUUCAGAACCUUUAAAUUUGUGUUUUAAUGAACAACAAUUGUUGUUAACACAAUUUAUGGAAAAGCUUAAGCUUGCUUUGGGAGCAUGCAUCUACAACACAUGCAGUACAUGUACAGACAUUACAAGUGAUCAAAAAUAAGUCUGUUUGAUACACCGUGUCUACUGUAAAAUUUAUGUAAUCUGGGUAAAUAUUGCCCAAGAAAUUUUUAGUCCCUUGCAAUACAUCCAGUUGUAACAUUCCGGUAAGUUAUGAAAUCAUAUCAACAAUGUUGCUGGGAAAUUCCUAAGGAACUAGUGAUAUUCUUAUUUGACAAGUUUAGUGUAUAAUUUAUACAUCCUUUUUUAACAAG